CCGAUGCCAGUGUCUCUCGUGUCCUCGCGGAGCCACCGGCUUCUCCUCUUUCCACUGCGGGGAUAUUUACGCACAGUGACGCGCCGCAGCUCCGGACAUGGGAGACGCACAGUCUGCGCAACGGGAGAGCAGGAGCGAUGCGGCGGAGGAGGAGGAGGAGGAGGAGGGCGGCUCAGUGGAGGAUGCUCGGCCGGAUGGCAACACUGACGACAAGCCUCUCAAAAAAAGUGGGGGAAUCGCGGAGAUCAAUGGGAAAACAGACAGUACUAUAACAGAAGUUAAUUAUGACCGUGAGGAUGAGAUUGCAGCCGACGAUAUCCUUUCUCCAGACAAUGCUGUUUCAGUAACCGCAACGCAACUUAAAGAAGGUGGAACACCAUUAGAAGAUCUUGAAAUCAAUGACAAGGAACCACCUAAUGAAUCUGAUGCUAAUGAAGGAGUACCCCUGGAAAUGACUGAAAUGGAUGAAAAACAGAAUGAAAUCAAUGAAGGUUUUAAAAGAUUUUUCAGUAAUAUUAGUUUGAAAUUGACAGUAAAAAGAGGCUCAGUUGUGAAAGAUGAAAUAACUACAGACGUGUCUGAUGAAAUUAACAUUGAGGAUACCGCAAAGGAACCCAAAAGUUCAAAUGCUGAGCAGAAUAUUGAUCUGAACGCACAGGAGGCAAUUGACAAUGAUUCAACAGCAUGUCCUGCCCUGAGAGAUGUCACAUCACACGACAUUCUAGAAAAUGCAGAGGAGAAAACACCAGAGGCCGAAGAGGAAGUUGAACCUCGCAAUGUAGAUACAGCAACAGGUCCACCUGUAGUUGAAGACGAAAAGGCGCGACAGGAUGCCAUUGAAGAAGACCUAAAUCCAGAAUCCCCAUCUAGUCCUGAAGCAGAGGAGGUAGUAUCUCCAGUUAAAAGGUUUUUUACAACUGGAAUCUUUUCAGGACUACGGAAGAAAAAGAAGCCCACAGGCGAUGAGACAGCUGAGAAGGAACUGGUGGACAUGGGGGGAAAGGAUUCAGUAGAGACAACUGAAAUACAACAGGAGGUUCAACAAGAUGUUGACACUGCUACGGUUGACACAAAACAUAAAGAAAAUGGACGUAAAGAGGAAAUUCUCUCAGCAGCAUCAGAUCAGACGACGGAUGAUGGGAAAUCACCUUCCACAAAUCCAGUCGCCAUCAGUAUCAACGAGCCUGAAAUUGCAAGCUCCCAAGACAAAGUUCAAGACAGUCCUUUGAAAUGGCUUCUAUCAGGGCCUAAUUUAAAGAAACUCUCCAAAAAGCAGAAAGGCAGAAAAUCAAGUAAUACAACGCUAUCAGACACUGAAGAACAAUGUUCGGAGCCGAUCGUGUCCCCUUCGAAGUCUGCCGAGACUCAGAAAGAAGAAAGGCUGGCACAACAACUUGCAGAGGCAACAGGGGAGGAGGAGGGAGCAUGGGCCUCUUUCAAGAAACUUGUUACUCCAAAAAAGCAGAUGAAGAAGUCCUCCUUGACCAAUGAAGAGACACAAAUCCCGGGCUCAGAGGAGGAAACGAAAGCAAGUAAAAGAGAGCAAAUAUCAGAUCACAGCACUGAAGAAAGGAAAAGAAAAGAUUCAUCUGUGUCAUGGGAAGCCGUUUUGUGUGGAUCCGGAAGGAGACGAAGCAGAAGCCGAAAAACAUCAGACUCUGAGGAUGAAUCCCCCCAAUUUGAAAAUGACAAUAAGAAGCAAGAGUUGCCACUAGAAAGUUCCAAUGAGGCUGAUGAAACUUUAGCCUUGUCCCCCAGACAACCAGGAAGUCCAGAGGGAGAUGUAGGAUCAACAUGGAAAUCGUUUAAAAAACUUGUCACCCCCAAAAGGAAAGCCAAGGAUGAGGAGGAAAGCAAAGAUAAUAAUGCACAGUCAGAUAGUGAAGUCACUCGGGAUGAUUCCUCCUUCUCAAUAAAGAAGCUUCUCCCAGGUCGAAAGAAGAGGAAGUCUGCCGAAAAUCAAGACCAAGUAUCUUCAGAUGAGGCUGAUAAGGAAGUAGAUUCAGGUGAUGAAGAUUCUGAGACGCCUGCUGUGAUCCCGCUGUCUGAGUUUGAUACAAUUGAAACCAAAGUUAUGGUUGAUGUAGAAAGUCAUGUAACCAAGGAAGCAGACCAUCAACUGCAGCAAGACCUCCAUGAUCAGGUGGCUGAACCAGUCCUACCUUGUGACAGUGUGCAAACUGAAACAAAGAAAGUCCAAGACAGUAAGGAUACUAUAAAAAAGGAGGUAUCUACAGCUCCUGUUUCAAAUGAAGAACCCGAGGACCUUACAGAAAUAAUCAGUAAACAUCAACAGCUCAGUGAUAUUCCAGAGGAGGGUUUCAUAACAGAGACCAAUGUCAGUGAAGAGGCAGCUAGAGAUGAUACCAUAGCAGAGGAUCUAAUAGAGAUCACGUCUGAGGCCGUAACUGCUCCAGAGCCUGCAGACACUACCUUAGCGGAUGAAACUGAAAUGAUCUCUGCUGUUUCCCAGCUAUCAGAGUCUUCAAACACAUCUGGCAACGCAACACCAGUCCCAGUAGAUAAUGACGUCAAACAUACAGAGGUACUCCUGCAUCAGGUUGUUGAAAACAUCUCCAUAAGCCCAAAUGUAGAACCAGUGUGUUCAGAUGAGGUAAACUCAGAAAGAAUAGUUGGAUCUGUCUCGCCUCAAAUACUCGAAACAUUUGUAAAAGAGAAGCCAACAAUUUUGGAAAUACACAGGAAAUCAGAUGCAAUUGCCAUUAACAAAGAUCUAACUGUUGAAGAAUUGGAUACAAUUAAUGAACUCACAGUACCUGCCCAAACAGAGAGCAUAUCUGAAGUCAACAAAGCUGUUUCCAUAGAGAUUGUGUCUGAAGUUCCAGAAAACGAGGCUGUCACUGCUGAAAUUUCUGCGGAUGAAGUUUAUCAGGUCAAUAUUUCACAUCCAGAGGAAAGCAUUAAAGAAUUAGGAAGUGCUGAUGACAGCCAGCAUCUGGUGAAAGGUCAACCUGAGGCAAAUGAAGCUGGGUCUACACAGACACUGCCAGAAGGUGAAGCAAUUGUUGCAGAUCAAGGUUCUCAAGUAGGGACACAUCAAGAUGAAAAAGAGCCCAUCGCAAUCAACUCUCAAGAAGCAGAAUUCACUGCUACAGUAGCAGAAGAAAAUCAAGAUGGAGGGGCGGAGGAGGAUGCCCAAACUCUGACACAAAAGGAAGAGCAAAUCUUGCACAAUAUCACAGAAGAGGUGAAGGGGUUACAAGAAUUACCGGGUGUACAACACGUGAUUUAUGAUUCAGAGGAGGGUAGUAGUCAAUUACUUGAAAUCAAAGUAAUAUCGGAAAAUAUUCCAGCAGAAGAAACAGUUCCUGACAAACUCAACGAGGAGACAGAGCCUGUCAUGGAAUACACUGUUGAGGCAGAGAUGGAAAACAAACUACAAACGGAUGAUGCCCCAACUGAACAUGCUGAAGAGCCAGAAGUGUUAGAAACUGUACAAAUAGCAACAUUAGAUUUGGAAGAUGGUAGUGCUAAAUCGCUGGAAAGGGAUGUUGUAUCAGAAGUUAUUCCAGCAGAAGAAACAGCUAUAGACAAACCAAAAGGGGAAACAGAUCCUCUAACUGAUUGUAAAGUUGAAGCAGAGAACGAAAACAUACUACAAGCGGAUUCUACCCAAACUGAACAUGCUGAAGAACCAGAAGUGUUAGAAGCUGCACAAACAGCCACAUUAGAUUCAGAGGAGGGUACUGCUCAUUUUCUUGAAAAGGAGGUGAUAUCAGAAGUUACUCAAGCAGAGGAAACCGCUACAGACAAUCUCAAAGAGGAAACAGAGCCUGUCACUGAAUACAAUGUUGAGGCAGACGAUGGAACCAAACUACAAGCAGAUUCUGCACCAACUGAACUUGCUGAGGAACCAGAAGUGUUAGAAGCGGUGCAAACAACUACAUUAGAUUUAGAGGAGAGCAGUGCUCAAUUGCUCGAAAAAGAAGUUAUAUCAGAAGUUAUUCCAGCAGAAGAAAUGGCAACAGACAAACCCAAAGAAGAAACAGAGCCCGUCAAUGAAUACAAUGUUGAGACAGAGAACGAAAACAAACUACAAGCGGAUGAUGCCCAAACUGAACAUACUGAAGAACCAGAAGUGUUAGAAGCUGCACAAAUAGCCACAUUGGAUUCAGAGGGAGGUACUGCUCAAUUGCUUGAAAAGGAGGUGAUAUCAGAAGUUAUUCCAGCAGAUGAAACAGUUACAGACAAUCCCAAUGAGGAAACAGAGCCUCCAACUGAACAUAAUGUUGAGGCAGAGGAUGGAACCAAACUACAAGCGGAUUCUGCACCGACUGAACUUGCUGAGGAACCUGAAGUGUUAGAAGUGGUGCAAACAACUACAUUAGAUUUAGAGAAGGGUACUGCUCAAUUGCUCGAAAAAGAAGUUAUAACAGAAGUUAUUCCAGCAGGAGAAACAGCUACAGACAAAGCAAAAGAGGAAACAGAGCCUCCAACUGAACAUAAUGUUGAGGCAGACGAUGGAACCAAACUACAAGCAGAUGCUGCCCAAACUGAACAUGCUGAAGAACCAGAAGUGUUAGAUGCUGCACAAACGUCCACAUUAGAUUCAGAGGAGGGCAGAAUUCAAAUAUUUGAAAAGGAAGUUGUAACAGAAGUUAUUCCAGUAGAAGAAACAGUAACAGACAAUCCCAAAGAGGAAACAGAGCCUGUCACUGAAUACAAUGUUGAGGCAGAGGAUGGAACCAAACUACAAGCAGAUUCUGCACCAACUGAACUUGCUGAGGAACCUGAAGUGUUAGAAGCUGUGCAAACAGCUACAUUAGAUUUAGUGGAGGGUACUGCUCAAUUGCUCGAAAAAGAAGUUUUUCCAGCAGGAGAAACAGCUACAGACAAAUCAAAAGAGGAAACUGACCCUCAAACUGAAUGUAAAGAUGAAGCAGAGAACGAAAACAAACUACAAGUAGAUGCUGCCCAAACUGAAGAACCAGAAGUGUUAGAAGGUGCACAAAUAGCCACAUUAGAUUCAGUGGAGGGUAGAAUUCAAAUAUUUGAAAAGGAAGUUGUAACAGAAGUUAUUCCAGUAGAAGAAACAGUUACAGACAAACCCAACGAGGAAACAGAGCGUCCAACUGAACAUGCUGAAGAACCAGAAGUGUUAGAAGCUGCACAAACAGCCACAUUAGAUUCAGAGGGAGGUACUGCUCAAUUGCUUGAAAAGGAGGUGAUAUCAGAAGUUAUUCCAGCAGAUGAAACAGUUACAGACAAUACCAAAGAGGAAACAGAGCCUCCAACUGAACAUAAUUUUGAGGCAGAGGAUGGAACCAAACUACAAGCAGAUUCUGCACCGACUGAACUUGCUGAGGAACCUGAAGUGUUAGAAGCGGUGCAAACAGCUACAUUAGAUUUAGAGAAGGGUAGUGCUCAAUUGCUCGAAAAAGAAGUUAUAACAGAAGUUAUUCCAGCAGGAGAAACAGCUAUAGACAAAGCAAAAGAGGAAACUGAGCCUCAAACUGAAUGUAAAGUUGAAGCAGAGAAUGAAAACAAACUACAAGCAGAUGCUGCCCAAACUGAACAUUGUGAAGAACCAGAAGUGUUAGAAGCUGCGCAAACGUCCACAUUAGAUUCAGAGGAGGGUAGAAUUCAAAUAUUUGAAAAGGAAGUUGUAACAGAAGUUAGUCCAGUAGAAGAAACAGUUACAGACAAACCCAAUGAGGAAACAGAGCGUCCAACUGAACAUAAUGUUGAGGCAGAGAUGGAAAACAAACUACAAGCGGAUGCUGCCCAAACUGAACAUGCUGAAGAACCAGAAGUGUUAGAAGCUGCACAAACGUCCACAUUAGAUUCAGAGGGAGGCACUGCUCAAUUGCUUGAAAAUGAGGUGAUAUCAGAAGUUAUUCCAGCAGAUAAAACAGUAACAGACAAUCCCAAAGAGGAAACAGAGCCUGUCAAUGAAUGCAAUGUUGAGGCAGAGAUGGAAAACAAACUACAAGUGGAUGCUGCCCAAACUGAACAUGCUGAAAAACCAGAAGUGUUAGAAGCGGUGAAAACAUUAGAUUCAAGGGAGGGUACAAUUCAAAUGUGUGAAAAGGAAGUUAUAACAGAAGUUAUUCCAGUAGAAGAAACAGUUACAGACAAACCCAACGAACAACCAGAGGUGUUGGAGGCUGUGCAAACAGCCACAUUAGGUAUAGAGAAGAACGGUGUUCAGUCACCUCAAGGGGAAGUAUCGGAGAACAUUCUUGCAGCAGAAACUGUAACAGAUGGAACAAAACAGGCAACAGAGAACCUUGUUGGAGUCAGUAGUGAGCCAGAACACCAAGAGCUGAAAACAGAUAUUCCAAAUAAUGACCAUCACAACGUUGCAGAGGUUUUAGGGACUGUGCAAGAACCCACAUCAGAGUCAGAGGAGGGUAGCGUUAAAUCACUUGAAACAAUAUCAGAGGCCACUGGAGAUGCAGAAACUGUUACAGAUGAACCAAACGAGGAAACAGUGCCUCUCACUGAAGUCGGUGAGUCAGUUGAUGCUCUGGAAACUGAACAUGUUCAAGAACCAGAGGUAUUUCAAGACGCACAAGUAGCAAUGUUAGAUUCAGAAGAGGCUAGUGCCCGAUCGCUUGAAAAGAAAGUAAUAUCAGAAGAGAUUCCUCCAGCCGAAACCGUACAAGAACCAAAGACAGAACUAUCAGCAGAGGAUGCCAAAACUGAACAUGUUCCUGCGGAUGUUAAUGACAUUGCAACUGGAACGGAAACUGAGGUAGAGGCACCUAUGCCUACUCAUGUACUCACACAAAGAAGUGAGGAAGGCAGUGCUGAGAAACUUGAAAAGAAAGUAUUGUUUGAAGAUGUUCCCAAUCCAGACACUCAAAAUGUAAUUGCUUCAGUUACAGUUGUAACUGACCAUAGAGUUGUGGCAGAACUGAAUCAGGCGUUAAGGAGAAAUGAAGUUCAGGAAACAGAGAGUACACUGUUUGAGCACACCGAUGAAGCAAAUAGUUUUCAGGUAAGAGAAAGAACUGUAUUUUCUGAAGUUACCCCAGCACCUUGUGUAGAAUGUGCUGCAGUUACUCAUGAACCUUUGCACGAGCUGCAUCUCAGUGCUGUGGAAUCCAGUGUUGGGGAAGAAAGAGGUGAAAUUCCAGGUUUUGAGAUAAAGAGAUCUGCAGUGGAGCAUGCCAUAGUUGCCCAAGUGAUCACAUGUUGUCUAAAAGAUGUUGCAGCUACAUUGCCUGACGCUUUGAUAGAGACAACAUCAGACAGCCAUGAACCAUUGAUAGACUCUAUGGCAAACGAGCAAGAGUUCAAGGAGACAAGCGAGACCACCGCACCAUUAGAGAAAAAACAUGUGACUGAGAGAGGAGAGGAAUGUAGUGUGGUGAUGAUGAUGAAUAUGCCGUCGGUACAGUCUGAGGACAAUCACAGAAUUCAAGUGCAGGUGGUCAAUGUUGAUAUCAAAUCAGCCAAGAUGACUGUUGACACGGCACUAGAGGUGGGGGUAACAGAAGCAAAAGCAGUUAUGGAAGCUUGUCGCGAAACAGUUAAAGAAGUAGACGUGCUGUCCGCCACGUCAGAGACAGAAGAGACAUUUAUUAAUGAGGCAAACAAGGUGGCCAUUCAAGAAGUUAUUCAACAUGAAAAGGAGAACUUACCAGAGAGAGUACCUGAAUCAGCAACUGCCAACUUGGAACGAGAAGUUAUAAAAGAGAUGGUUGCUGUGACAGAGCUGAGUGAGAUAACCAGAAGUGAGUUAAGUGAAGUGGAGGAUCACAAAGCGACGGAGGACAAUGUUGUAACAUGCAGGGAAGGACAAGAUGAAAAGCAUGCGGUCGAAUGUGAUGCCUCCACAUCUGGACAGCAAGUGUUCAAGGAUCUCAUGGAAACACCUAUAAGGCUAGACGUCUCGAUCCAUGAUCCCAAAGAGGACUUGGAGGAACCCAAAGCUGAAGUGGAAAAGUCUGAAGCACGUGUCACAACUGAAGAGGUCCAAUUGUCGUCAGAUGUAAAGACAAUAGGUGAGAAAGCACAAACUCCACAAAUUGCCCAGAGUUUGGUUGUAACACCUAACACUGGACUGAUAGUCCCCCAAAACACUGGAAUAAUCUCGUCAAUAGGAAAUUUGGAGUCCCCGUCUAGCCUCUCGUUAGAAUUCAAACUUAACAUAAGGUUUGGGCACACAAAGGAACCAGCUUCUGCACCACCACCACCACCACCGACGGAGAGGGUCGAACCGGUGAAACAGACAGACGUGGCCGAGGUGGGCAUGCAGGCAGGAGAACCCACAGAGGAAAUAAAUCCAACACAAAGAGCAGGGAGACAGAAUCAAGAGUUGACUGAGGUCACAGCUCAGGGAACAGAAAUCACACAACCGGCUGAAGUAGCUUCAACAGAAAGACCAAUGACCAUUAAUCAACCAGUGCUACUGGAUGUUGGCAUGCAGACAGUGGAAACGGUGGAACCAGCAGAGCAACUUAAAUCGACGGAGAGAGGAACCCCCAAUGUCCAGGCGGCGGAAACAGUACAAAGAGAAAGGCGAGAAGAGAGAAAAGAAAUGUCUCUGAGUCCGGCGAUACUCUGUGAAGUUUGUGACCCAGGAACGGAAGCAGAGGAACCGCUUAAACGCACGGAGGAGGAAAAUGACCAGGAUGUGUGGAUGGACGCUGAGGAGGACAUUUACAGUCACGAGGACGCGGAGGUGUCCCUGCGUGAGGCGGUGGUGGACGAGGAAGAGGCUGCAGUCCAACAUGAGUUUGAGGUGGCUCCUGAUUCCAGGAUUGAGGAAGGAGGAAGUCACCAAGGAGUGCUCAAAACAGACCGAGCACGAGAGAUUGAGAGUGACGGUGAAGAUUUUGCUGUUGCACUUGAGGAUCCAGCUAUUGCAGCUGCAAGCGUCACUGCGAUGGAGUGGGAUUAAUGAAGCCUCGCGUGUGUCAUUGACGGGUUGGUCAGUCACUCACAUAAGGAGUAAUCAGAGCCAGCGAAAGGCUGAAUGGGAGGAGAAAACUACAUGGAACUGCAUUUUUCUGCUUUUCUUUUCUUUUUCUUUUGGCAUUUCUGCUUUGAGCUGUACAGUGACGACAGAAAGUGAGCGCGAGCGAGGGAACGACAUGCAGCACAGACCCCCGGCUGGAUUCAAACCCACUGCGGCAAAGACUCUGACUUCAUGGUAUGCGCUUAACCAGGCGAGCUACUGGUGCAGUGAGCUACUCGACAGCUUUUAUCUGACAGUAUGCUCAACCAAAACUAUUCCAAUAUUUACUGAUGAAGCUUGAUUCAUGAGAUUAUUUUAUUUCAAGUCAACUAGAAAAAUGCUUCUCUUCGAAGGGGGCCUGCAGUGCGAUUUUGAACUGCACCCACUGCAGUUCAUUCUCUCAGUAAAGCCGUUUGCUAUAUAGAACAAUUAUGAUUACUAAUCAUGACUUAUCAGGCAUAUUUUACGUCAUAUUCUGUUUUUGAAUAGAACGUAUGUCUAGGAGAAUGAGGCAGUAUUUUCAAUUAACAAUGUGUCGUUUUGUGGUAAAACACUAUGAAACAUUAUUCAUACAGUAUGUGACCCAGGUCCAGGACACACAACACUUUUUCUUGAUAUAUAUUGUAUAUGUAGAUAUUUCAUAUGUAUCAAUUUAUAUUAAUCAACUGUUAUGUCACAUUUUUUGCUAUUUCCGGAUCUAUGCAGGUAAAAAUAAACGGCAGACCUGAGCAUACUGCAGAUAUAUAUUUGUAUAUCUGUAUAUUAACUUGUACAUAAUGACUGUUUUUUUGCUAAUACAAGCCAAACUGUGCUCAUUUUGAAUUUCGACUGUGAAAAAAAAAGAAAAAAAAAAAAGAUAAAACAGCAUGAUGAGAGCAUGGCACAUAUAUUUUUGUUUUUAAGUAAUAAUUUACA